AUGUUUUGUGUUCUUUUGCUCGCUAUUUUGUCUGCGCAUUUUUUCAUCCCAAUUUCCGGAGCCGACAUUGAUAUUGUUCGUGAACGACGAUACUCAGGUAUCGUUGGCGCCUCUACCGGUGCUUCGUCCAUCCCGAAAUGGCUAUCCUCUCUAUCCGAGGAUGGUAAAUGGCCGGAUGAUGAAAUUAAUUAUACUGCUGGAUGCGACGCCCAAAGAGGUAGCUGGCCUGCACAGCAGCAUUGGAGGCGCAUCGAUACCUUCGCUGCUGCAUAUCAUGGCGGUUUCAGGAACGCGCUUCAGUAUACCGGCGAUCCUGACCUCAGAGCUUCCAUCUCUCUGGCCAUGACAUAUUGGUUUUCUAAUGACUUUGACAACGUCGCGUGUCUGGACGCUGGCGGUACCGAUGCUUGUCCUUGUGACACGGCUGGCUUUUGGAACCCUAACUGGGCCGCUAAUGUGAUCACGGUUCCCCCGUUGGUUAGUUCGGCAUGCCUCUUAUUGGACAUCAGCCUCUCAGACGAUGAAUUGGCUGGCUGUUUACAUAUAAUUCAACGAGCCUACAACACAUUCCAAACCGGUAUUGUAGGCGUUAGCAGUAUUACUGGCGCCAAUCUCUUGGAUAUCGCCGGUAUUGGGCUCGAUUUAGGGCUGUUGACAAGCAACGAAACCAUACUCACGGAUGCUUAUGAUAGAGCUCAUGGCGAGCUGAUCAUCAAGACAGAAGUUAGUGCAGACGGCAUUAGACCUGACGGCUCGUUCGGACAGCACCAUGGGCUACUGUAUAAUGGAAAUUAUGGUAUCGCGAAUGAUGUGUAUAACCUCGAAAUUUCGUCGGCAAAUACGCAAUGGGCAGCAUCAAAUGAGGGUCAGAACGUGUUUUCCACGUUACUUACUGCAAACCUGUGGAUGAUAUUCCUCAAUGUUGUCACAGAUGUUUUACACUGGGACUAUGCAAUCAUCGGCCGAGUCAUCAGUCUUCCUACUGCUGAUGACCAAGCAACGGCUAGCCUCAAAACAAACCUGACGCAGAUAAGAGUUCUUGGUGAUUUAUGGAAUUCAAGCGACAUUACACAUGUCUACGAAGUCCUCGAGGGCACCUCGAAGAAUGCCAACGUUGGUGCCAUCGUCGGAAAUCGCAUGUUCUAUACUAACGACUACAUGGUACAACGCGGCUCUGGAUACGUGACAACAUUAAAAAUGUUCUCUAAUCGUACUUUGAAUUUUGAAUGUGUUAACUCGCAAAACCCCUAUGGUUUCCAUCUUUCUGAUGGUACAGUGUACACCUACUUGACCGGCAGCGAUUAUGAAGAUAUAUUUGCUGCCUGGGACUGGAAUCUCAUCCCAGGCAUAACAGUCGACUACAAUGCCACGGUACUCGACUGUGAUGAUACAACGGCAAGUGGUGUUGAAUCCUUUGCUGGUAGUGCAUCCAACCAGGACAUCGGUGUCGCUGCAAUGCGCUAUGAGACGCCGGCAUCGAAGACACUUCGAUGGCAGAAAGCGUGGUUCUUCUUACCUAAUGAUGUCCAAUAUGUCAUGGUUGCCAACAUUGAUUCAACUACCCCUGCGCCUGUAUUUUCAGUCUUGGAUCAGCGAAGGUACCUCAGCGACGUGUUAAUAUCGGGGUCGCCGGUAACAGAAAGUGGGAAUUUUUCUUCAAUUGAAUCCCUCUGGCACGGUGGUAUUGGAUACACUUUCAAUGCGUCCAAUUCAGCGGUUUCGUUGUCAGUGCAGCUUGGAAAUAAGACCGGCUCUUGGGAAUCGAUUGGGACAUCUGACGAGGGAGAUAUAUCUGUCGACCUUUUCUCCGCCUGGCUCAGUCACGAUGACAAGGCGGUCCCCGUAUCUUACGCAGUUUAUCCAGCAACUUCGUCAUACGAUACGUUUGUAUCAAAAUCGCAGCUAUCCGACAUUAUACCGGUACGCAAUGAUGGGUCCGUGUCAGCUGUUCUCGACGUUACUGACGACAUCGCUAUGAUCAUUUAUUGGGACGUCAACGGAGGUUCGGCCACCCUAACUCUUCCAACUCCUGAUGCCGCACCUAUAAUCGUCAACUGUACCGGAAACAGCGCUGUUAUUCUCGACCUCAACGAAUGGAAAGUCACACUUUCUGAUCCCUCACAGACCCUGGCAAAUAUUACGUUGACAGUCUCUCCCGGACCGGGAACACCUCCUGCAGGGUGGACAGAUGUAUCGACUACAAAGUCGGUCUAUUUUGAUCUUCCAUUAGGUGGUUUUUGGGGGGAAAGUGUAACACAGGUCCUGUAG